GCCGGCCGAGAAGGACUAUCGAUCACGGGCUGGGGUCCCGGGACUGGGGGGCAUUGAGCCAUGCUGGACUUCGCUAUCUUCGCUGUCACCUUCCUGCUGGUCCUGGUUGGAGCCGUACUCUACCUCUACCCGGCUUCUAGACAAGCUUCAGGUAUUCCUGGGAUUGCUCCAACCGAAGAAAAAGAUGGAAAUCUUCCAGAUAUUGUAAACAGUGGAAGUUUACAUGAAUUUCUAGUUAAUCUCCAUGAGAGAUAUGGACCAGUAGUGUCUUUCUGGUUUGGCAGGCGCCUUGUGGUUAGUUUGGGCAGUAUUGAUGCACUAAGGCAACAUAUCAAUCCCAAUAGGACAUCACAUCCUUUUGAAACUAUGCUAAAGCCUUUAUUAAGGUAUCAGUCUGGUCUCGGUGGGGAUGCAGUUGAGAAUCACAUGAGGAAAAAACUCUAUGAAAAUGGCGUGAACCAGUCUCUACAGAGUAAUUUUGCUAUCAUGGUCAAGCUUUCAGAAGAAUUAUUAGGAAAGUGGCUCUCAUACCCAGAAUCUCAGCAUGUGCCUCUUUGCCAACACAUGCUUGGCUAUGCCAUGAAGGCUGUUACACAAAUGGCUUUGGGUAGUAGUUUUGAAGAUGAUCAAGAGGUUGUUCGCUUUCGGAAGAAUCAUAGCACAGUGUGGUCUGAGAUUGGGAAGGGUUUCCUGGAUGGGUCACUUGACAAAAGUACAACCCGGAAAAAGCAGUAUGAAGAAGCAUUAAUGGAAAUAGAAUCAGUUUUCAAAAAAGUCAUAAAGGAACGAAGAGGAAGAAGCUUCAAUCAACAUGUCUUCAUAGACUCCUUGUUACAAGGGAACCUGAAUGACAAGCAGAUCCUAGAAGACAGCAUGAUAUUUUCUCUAGCAGGAUGUGUUAUAACUGCUAACUUAUGCAUGUGGGCAGUCUAUUUUCUUACCACAUCAGAAGAUGUCCAGAAGAAAUUGCACAAAGAGCUAGACCAAGUUCUUGGGAAAGGUCCAGUUACUCAAGAGAAAAUUGAUCAGCUCAGAUAUUGCCGGCAAGUGCUUUGUGAGACAGUUCGAACAGCUAAAUUAACACCAAUUGCUGCCAGACUUCAGGACCUAGAGGGAAAAGUUGACCAACAUAUCAUUCCUAGAGAGACACUCGUUCUUUAUGCUCUUGGUGUGGUUCUUCAGGAUCGUUGUGCCUGGCCAUCACCGUACAAGUUUGAUCCAGCCAGGUUUGAUGAUGAAUCUGCUAUGAAAAAUCUUUCCUUGCUUGGAUUCUCAGGCACACAAGAGUGCCCUGAGUUGAGGUUUGCAUAUAUGGUAGCCACCGUACUUUUAAGUGUGCUGGUGAGAAAACUGUACUUGCAUCCUGUGGAAGGACAAGUUAUUGAAACCAAAUAUGAGCUGGUAACAUCAUCAAAGGAAGAAGCAUGGGUCACUGUUUCUAAAAGAAGCUAAAAAUGAAUGUCAAGUUGCAAGAAAAUGCUUUGGCCCUCUGACGAUGAGAAUUCAUUUGUUUCACUGAGAGAUGUCAUCCUAAAACUAUCACAGGGUUUGGUGUUCACACCUAAUUUUUUCUACAUUUUUACCAUUAUCUUCUUUUUCAUAUUAAUAUUCCUUUACUAAAGUGAACUUAAUACAGACAUUUGUUAUUUGAACCACAUUGACUCCAGGACAUGUGAUAUAGAAGUGAAGGUUUUUUUGGAAGACCAUUUCUACACUGCCUUGUCAGAACAGACUAACCGUGAGCAGUGUGUCCUUCAGGGCUGACUGGCAGAGAGGACCACUGUCUUAGACAGCAGUAGCCAGUAGUUCUAAUUUUCAUUAUUUAAUAUUAAAUUAUCCAUUGUGUUGUAGUUUUUACAUAAAACAUUUACAUUAAAUGGUCCCUACUUUGAAGAAUUUUAAUUCUAGGCAUAAAAUGUGUAUCAUACAUACUAUUUUACAUUUUAAAUAUGCAGAGGGAACUGAAUAUUUAUAGAAAUCUUAUGGCAAAUCAUUUUAUAAACAAAGAAAUCUUUUGUAAUAUGAAUUUUACCUAAUCUGUUUUAUAAUCUAAUUUGUGUAUGAUCUAUUAGAUUUUCUUAAGGCACAGUAUAUUUGUAACUGUAUUGUACCAACAUACUGCUCACUUUACACAGAGAGCUUAGCUUUAUAUUUUUGAAUUAAUAUUUUCUCAUAUCACUUCUACCUUUUAUUUUUCUUACAUAAUUGAAAUUGUUAUUCUUGGGGGGAAAUUGUUUGGCAGAUUGGAGAAGGCAAGAGUUUGAUGACAUGCCUUCUAAUAGUUACUUAUAUACUUGUAUACUCUACCUCUUAUCAUAUGUUCUACCUCCUAUCAUGAUACCUAGUUGUUUUGACAGGUGUACCAUUUUAGUAUAAAAGAAUAGGAAAGAGAAGAGGAGAAUAUCUUCCUUUUAAAAAAACACUCUAGGAAUUCUCUAUAUCUUUCAUUCAAGACAAAUGAAAGACCAGUUGAAAAAGUACGGUCUUGCAACAUCCCCCAAGAUUUGUGUCUUAGCACUAGACAUUCAGUAAAUGUUACUGACAGAUGUACUACAGGUGCAGAGAAUUCUACAGGUACCCAAGGAAGUACUUACCUGAUAAAUGUAUGAGAUAACAGUCAUCUACCACACACCAGACAAGUAGAAUGAACACAUUAAGGGGAUAGGUUGGCUGGAUAUGUUGGCUUACUACUGAAAUAAAAUUAUACGGAAGAAAUAGGUUAAAUAGAUUAAUAAUAAAUGUAGGUGUAGAGUGUCUUAAUUCCUAUGGAAGUGAGUAGAAUGGCAAAUUCUACAUUCUAGAACCUCUUUUUAGCCCUCAGUCUUCAUCACCAGUGUGAUACACUGCCAUAGAUCUGAAGGUAUAGGAUAUGAAGCAAUUGAGAAAACUGUCUAAAUAGAAACUCUUGUACGUGGCUUCCAACAGAGCAAAAGAGACACUUAAAAGCCUGAAGCCAAGGGUUCUCCACCUAAUAAAUUCCGCUUAUUUUAGCUAAAGAAUGCCAAUUAAAAUCAUGGUCAUUGUUCAACUAGUAAAAUAGAACAGGUUAGAAAUAGGACAAUAUAAUUUUUUCCAAGUUGUGAAUGAAAUUCAGCUCUUAGGUAUGUUUGUGUUUUGACAUCCAAAUAGUUGUUAAGUGGUAGUAUAAGUUUAAAUUUCAGGCCUCCAAGAGAAAUGUUGUAGUAAGGACCCAUCCUGCCCACUCUACCCCCACCAUGCCCUCAUCAUGCACACCUGGGCCUUUCCUUUUCUUUAUUGAGCUCUCAGUCACCCAGUCAACCACAGUGAGGGCUUACGCUGUCAUUACACAUAGAAAACUAAGGUAUUUUUCUUUUUCAUGUUGAAGUUUUGCCAAGCUGGAAUGAUACUGAAGUGCCUUGUUUGUUUGGCAUUGAUGCUCCAGUCGAGUGCAGGAAAGAACAUUCACACCUUGGUCUGAAAUGUUCAAUCUAUGUUAAGUGGUUCUAGUUAAUUUCACACAAUGAAUUUCACAUGUGGGCAACCAGGUGGCACAGUGAAUAGAGUGCCUGGCCUGGAGUCAGGAAAACUCGUCUUCUUGAGUUCAAAUGUGGCCUCAGACACUUACUAGCUGUGUGACCUUGGGCAAAUCACUUAACCCUAUUUGCUUUCGUUUCCUCAUCUGUAAAAUGAGCUGGAGAAGGAAAUGGCAAACCACUCCAGUAUCUUUGCCAAGAAAACCCCAAAUGCAGUUCAAAAACAGUGGGACGCGACUGAAAUGACUGAACAAUAACAACAAGGGGUCUGUGGUAUAUAUGCCUAAGAGGGGAGAAAAAAAGGACUCUACAAUCACUGUGUUAUGUAUGACUGUUUUUUGAUUUCUGGUUACAGUUGUGCUUGUGUUUGAGUCCACUGUGCUGUUAUUGAGUUUGUUUAAUUAAAAAUCUACCCCCA